GUGAAUCACUCACCUAAAUAUUUUGUUUGUGUAACAUUGAUUGUACCCUUAUAAACUAUUAAGCAGUGUUUACCACUAUUGAUGACAAAGUUUGGCCUCGGACCUAAAUGUUAAUUGUUUGGCAAGAACUGCCACUGCCAAAGCAUCUACCUUAUCAGUAACUCGCAAAAUAGUAUCAAAAAGGUCAGAAUGAACGUUUCUGCACAUACUGAAAUGGUGAAGUAUGAACGACGAUCUACCUAAAGGGAGUGUAAGAAGCCUUCCUAAGGGUAAGCUUCAAGAAUUUAAAAGAUUAUUCAAUCAAGCUGCUGAAAGUGGAUCAUGUGAUCUUUUGCAGGAGGAGACAAAAAGUUCAAAUGUAGAUGACAAUCAGGGUAUGGCUUCCCCUAUUAGAAGAUGGCGAGAACCUUUAAAGCCCCCUGUCACAAAGCAUACAGAAGUGACACCAGGCAGUGGCCUUUUACCAACUCCAUCACCUAGAAACUCGAUAAAAAAAGGACAUGCUGCUCUUACUAGUGAAAACAGUUCAAAUUUAACACCUGAUAUAAGUUCUACAAGUGACACAACCACUGCAGGUCAGGUCAGCAAAGUGAAAGAUAGAUUUGAACAACAUCUUGUUGUAGGUGCUGGUAAUAAGGAUGGUGAACGUAUUAGUGCCAAAGUUCAUUUAAAGCCAAGAAAUCCUAGUCCUAGAAAACAAUCACCAAGCCCUGUACGAGAAGCAUCCCCAAGGAGGUCUCCUUUGCUUGUGCGGAGGCAAAAGGAGUUUGAAGAAGUGAGAGAUGAAAAUACUUACUCAUGUAUAUGGAAACAUGAUGAAAAACCAACCCCACCUAGUCAACAAGACAAACCCAGACCUGCCACAGUGUUUGAAAAAUCAAAGCUUUUCGAGAAUUUAUCUCAUUCCUCCAGUCCACCAGCAAAAUCCCAAUCAAAACCAGAAAAACCACCUCCACCAGCUAGACAAAGGUCUAUUUCAGAUGCAACUGGGUCUGAAAUAAACUCUGCUGGGAAAACCAGGCCUCCAAGGCCACCUUUCAGACAGAGGUCCUUUAUAGACAGAAUAGUGAAUAAGGCAAAUGAAUCAGAGAGUAAAAAAGAACCUUUAAGUAAUCCAGUAAAGAAGCCACCUGGUCCACCGUCCAAGCCUCCACGAACAGGGGCCCAUGAUGAUUAUGUUCGAGUGAAACUAGAAAAAGAAACAGUUGAAAACAGAGUUAAUUUGGAAUGUGAACAAAAUGGUAACAAAGCACAAGAAAGUCAAACAAACAUUACUGAAGAAAAAACUAGAGAAUUCUUAAAAAAACUUAAACCAUUACGUCCACCACCACCUAGGAAAAAGGUACCUAGACCUUUUUCCAUUGCUACAGACAGUAUAAGUGACUUUAGUCCCUUAGCAAGUGACUCUUCUUCAGACUCUGAUGAACUUGCAAGGUCAUUAGAUAAUGAUGAUAAUCCCUUUUAUGAGAGUCUUCCCACUUUGGAAGAAGUACAAGAUGCAAAUGUGAGUUUAGACUCAGUGAAGCAUUGGGACUUACCUAGAAUGCUCCACCCCGAGCCAAAAACCAUGCGGAGGAGUCGCAGUGCUGAAUGUAUCCAGAAGGCUGUGGAUGAUGAAGGCAAUAUGGUGUACAUGGAUCCAGAUAACCUUCACAUUAAUGACAGCUCCCAGCCUGGCUAUGAUAUUUACGUGGACGUCGAAGGAUAUGCUGUUCCCAAUAGACUUGUUAAGCGCAAUGCUUAUGAUGAAUCAGAGAACAGCCGUCAUAUUGGUGAUCGUUUCAAAUCCAAGAUGCGGAGGUUCAAGAACCUUUUCACAGACCAGGACAAGCCCAGCAAGCCCACCAGCCCGGUCACUAGGUGCAGCCAGAAAGAGAGGCUUAACAAGAUUCGUGCGAAGGUUGAUCAGGCAUAUGAGGUUCUACAUGACAGCUUUAGAAAGAAGGACAUUGAAGACGUUGACACUCAUGAUAUACUGGAAGAAAAUCUCUCUAGGCAGAUCAAAAUAUCUGACAUGAGGGCACAGCCAGAAGUUGUAAGUUAUGACUCUGAGUCGCGGGUGGAUGACCAUGAGAUACGCAAGAGGGUUGAGUACUCCCGCAGUGUCCGCAUUAAAACGCAACAAAGUAUUGGCCCCGUAUACAAGCUGCAAAGAAGGAUCUACCCUCAAAUGUUCGAGCAUGCCAUGAUAGUGGGCCUACAUCUCAACACAGAGUCCAGCAUCUACGAACCUUAUGUCAUCUAUAAGUUCCCAGAAAUUCGCAAUUAUAAGCUUACAAUGGAAGGGAAGCUUUAUCCAUGCUCUGAGUCGAAAGACAGUAACGUGUCAGUGCCCCUGUUCUGUUUCCCCGACGCUGCCAACUUCAAAACCACUUCCUCAUCCAGGACCAAAAGUCAAUCAUACAACUUUGUGCUGACCAAUAUAGAUGGAGGCCGUGUGUACGGCUACUGUCGUAGGCUCGUGCCCCCUAAGUCCAAGAUACCAGAAGUGAUCUGUAUCAUCAGCCCAGUGGAAGCUUUCUCCAUGUAUAAUGAGCUUUUGAAGCACAUUGAGGAGAAAAGACAAGAGUCCCUGGACUCUGCCCAGGAGCUGAUUGCUGCUGCCUUUGGCCGGCCCCUUCCUCAACCCGGACAGACAGAGACCAUCAGAACACUGGAUGAAGAAGGAGAGCUCGAGACAUUAUUCCUGACCAGAGAUGCAGAAAACAGAUUUGACAAUACUAAUGUUGAGUGCCUCCUACACCUGCUCGGCUCAGACAAACUGCUCAAAGUGUUCUCCACCAUUCUGCUGGAGAGGAGCGUCCUCUUUUCUGCCAAACACCUCAGCACAUUAUCCUCAACAAUCCAUGCGAUAGUGUCACUGCUGUACCCAUUUUCCUGGCAGCACACAUUCAUACCUGUGUUGCCGGCGGCCAUGGUGGAUGUUGUGUGCUCCCCUACCCCGUAUGUGAUGGGCAUCACAGCGCCUCUUGUCAGCCAUGUUCUUACUUUACCACUGGAUGAGAAUGUGUUGGUGAUAGACAUAGACAAGCGGACAUUUGUUCGUUGCCAGGGCGAUGAAGGAACUCUUCUCCCAAAAAAGAUUGAAAAGGCCCUGAAAACCUCCCUCAAUAUGUGCAGAAUUGAUGCAGAAGCUAAGAUGUCGGCCAACUUGAUGAUCUCGGAGGCGUUUCUUCGGUUCUUUGUUGAGGCCAUCGGUCACUAUGGCCAAUACAUUAUCAACCAGGCUGAUGGGACGAGAGUUUUCCAGAAAGAGCAGUUUAUACAUGGGACAAAGUCGUCUAGCAUGCAGCAAUUGCUUGAAUGGUUGGUGGAGACUCAGAUGUUUGAAGUGUUCAUGACCCGGCAACUGGAGAGGAAGGACGAUGGUCAUACCAUAGAAGAGUUCCAGAGCCUAGUACAUGAGCAGCUGGGACUCAAGCGGAGGCUUGGCAAAAAAUUAUCUUGAACAAUGUCAAUAGAACUUAAAGGAAUGACUGUGAGGCGUUCUUGCAACAGCCCUACAGCAUUGUGUGAAAUAAAUGGAACAUUGGCAGCUGGUAGCAUAAGGAUUUAUAUGAGAAAAGGUUCUCUCAUACUACUGCAUGCAAUCAAAAGCUUCGGUAUAAAAUUGUUAUAGGAUUCUCUUUUAUUUUAACUAACAAACAUAAAUGUCAAACCAAAUAAUGACAAAAUUUAGACGAUGCAUGACACAUGUAUUUUCCCAUGUAUUUCCAUGCAUGUAUAUUCUCAACCCAUCACACACACAUGUGGAUACUUGCUGUAGAUAAAGACAAAUGUAAGGCUAUAAUUACAUCACAACAUGUUCACCAAACAUUAUCUUUGAUUACAUUUGGAUGUAAGUUUUCCUAUGAUAUUGUCACAUUUUAAGAUCUUCCAUGGAUAUUGUCUCAAUAGUCAGAUCUGUAUAUCAGGCCUAUUUACCUAAAUUUUGAAGUAUGUGCAGUGAAAAUUUUAGCCAUGUUGUGUAUUUUUUUAUUUAUGAAUCAUCUAUUCCAUUUCUGUGGCUCAUAUACAUUAUUGUUUCGUUUUGUGGAGGUAUAUCUUCUUGUGCAAUAAAUGUUUUGAAUCAUAAUGCAAAAAUUUCCCUCCUAUAUUUAGACAUUUUUUGUGUCAACUAACAGAAAAAAAAUGUAAUACAUGUAGUUAGUAUGUAAUUGAAUUUUAUUCAACAUCUCUAGUAUUGUUACGACAUAUGUGUAUGACUAAGUAUAAGUAAGCAAGUAUGUUUUAUAAAUAAUGCAUGGCUUUGUAUAAUUUCUCUUUAAAACUGAAUGAGGUUGGUUGUUUUAUUCAGAAAAUGUUAAGAAAUCUCUUGAGAGCAUUCACUGUUUGGUUUUAAUUGUACAACUCUUUUAAAGUAUGGUGAUAUUGACAUGUACAGGUCUUAAAAUUUCUUUGGCCAGCUUCAAUAAAAGGAUUUAAGUAGCAACUUUAAUAAUCUUGAAACUGUAUAAACAUUACAAAUGGCAACAUAUUGAUUUUGUUCCCUUAACUUAUUGGUCAUUUUUAAUACUGACUUUAGUUAACAUCUAUUCACUUUUGUCGCAAAAUAAAGAAAAUAUGAAGUUAAUUUCAAUUUACAACUAAAAUUUACUAAGAUUUUGAUUGAACCAGGUCCUGGACUAAAAUUUAAUUAAAAUCAAUCUAGAAGAAGCGUCUCUUUAUGGUAUGGCUUACAUCUAGUGUAGCGUCUCUUGAUGGUAAGGCAUACAUCUAGUGUAGCGUCUCUUGAUGGUAAGGCAUACAUCUAGUGUAGCGUCUCUUGAUGGUAAGGCAUACAUCUAGUGUAGCGUCUCUUUAUGGUAUGGCAUUCAUCUAGUCUAGUGUCUCUUUAUGGUAUGGCAUACAUCAUGUGUAGCGUCUCUUUAUGGUAUGGCAUACAUCAUGUGUAGCGUUUCUUUAUGGUAUGGCAUACAUCUAGUGUAGCGUCUCUUUAUGGUAUGGCAUACAUCUAGUUUAGCGUCUUGUUAUGGUAUGGCAUACAUCUAGUGUUGUGUCUAUGGUAUGGCAUACAUCUAGUGUAGCGUCUCUUUAUGGUAUGGCAUACAUCUAGUGAAGCGUCUCUUUAUGGUAUGGCAUACAUCUGGUGUAGCGUCUCUUUAUGGUAUGGCAUACAUCUAGUGAAGCGUCUCUUUAUGGUAUGGCAUACAUCUAGUGAAGCGUCUCUUUAUGGUAUGGCAUACAUCUAGUGUUGUGUCUAUGGUAUGGCAUACAUCUAGUGUAGCGUCUCUUGAUGGUAUGGCAUACAUCUAGUGUAGCAUCUAGUUAUGGUAUGGAAUACAUCUAGUGUAGCGUCUCUUUAUGGUAUGGCAUACAUCUAGUGUAGCGUCUUUUUAUGGUAUGGAAUACAUCUAGUGUAGCGUCUAGUUAUGGUUUGGAAUACAUCUAGUGUAGCGUCUCUUUAUGGUAUGGAAUACAUCUAGUGUAGCAUCUAGUUAUGGUAUGGCAUACAUGUAGUGUAGCGUCUCUUUAUGGUAUGGCAUACAUCUAGUGUAGCGUCUCUUUAUGGUAUGGCAUACAUCUAGUGUAGCGUCUCUUUAUGGUAUGGAAUACAUCUAGUGUAGCGUCUCUUUAUGGUAUGGCAUACAUCUAGUGUAGCGUCUUGUUAUGAUAUGGAAUUCAUCUAGUGUAGAGUCUCCUUAUGUAUGGUUUUCAUGACAGCUGUAGCGUCUGGAUAUGGUAUCUUACACAUCAGAUGUAAGCAUUCAAACUGAUUUCAGAUGAAAUUACUGUGUUUGGACUCAAUUCAAUACAUUGUUUAAAUUCACUUGAUGGUUUCAUGAAGGAAUGAAUUUGAAUUUUGUAGCAUGUUGAUGCUUUCAAAUUAUCAUCAUUCCAUAUCAUUGUUUUGUUUCAAAUUGAGACAAUGAAAUAAUAAAGUAAUUAUAUAUUUAUAGUUUUUAAGAAUAUAUGUCUAUAUAGUGUUUUUGCCAAUUUUGUUACCUCAUUUACAUUUUGUAGAUAUAACAAUUCUAUAUUCUAUAUGUUUAAUAUCCAGGAUAUCCCCAUUUGCUCACUAUGAGCUACAAUCUAGUUCAUGCUUUUGACAAAAGAUAUAUUUGUUGUAGUUUUUAUCAAUUUGAUGCAAAUAGGAGUGUUGCAUAUUUUUUAAAAAAAAUUAGCUCAUUAUUUGCAGUGUAUUUUUCUUUUGUCAUUUUUUUAUAAUUCAAAGUGUAAACGAUUAUAAAACAAAGAUGUCAUAUUUGAUGUUAUUCGUACACAAUUGUACAGGCUUUCAAGCGGUGUCUACUUAAAUAGGAUAUUUUCAGUGUGUUGGAUAAAAAACCAAAGUGUGAAAGUAAGCCAAUUAAAACAAUCCUUUUUGUCAAUUUUUUUUUUAUUUCGUAGCUCUUUUUUUGCAGUGUAUUUUUCUUUUGUCAUUUUUUUAUCAUUCAAAGUGUACACAAUUAUAAAAUUAAGAUGUCAUAUUUGAUGUUAUUCUUUGUACAGGCUUUCAAGUGGAGGCUACUUUUCCCUCCUCUGUUUUCUUGGAAAGUCCUUAUAUCCCUAUUUGUUUGUGAAAAUAGUUUGAGAAAUAAUAGUGUUCUAAAUGAAAUAAUAGUAUACUAUUCUAAAAUGAACAUAAGAAUGGCAUACAAUGCAAGAAAUAAAGUGCUCAAUUUCAGGGUUGUGGAUGGGGUCUUACCUAGCCAGUUACUUUCAGACUAAGACCAGUACUAGUUCAACAAGGUACGAUAGUCAUUAUUUGCUCCUAAAGGUAAAGACCCUACAAUCCCUACCUUUUGCCCUUAAAAUCUCUACUUUUUCAUUAUAAUGCUCCUACAAGUAUCCCUUCUUAUUUGUUAAUGGUCACUUGAAGGCUACAUGGGAAAUUUCCAUGUACUUGCAUUGCAUAACAGCUAUGUAUCAUUGGUUGAAUGUUUUGAUACAAAAUGGAUGAAUUUAGUAUUGUGUUAUGGUAUUGUUGAUAUUGUUAGUAUUAUAUAUGUUACAGUAGCAUAAUUUUGUUAAAUUUGUUGUUUAUAUCAGCAUUUUAUUACCUAAUAAAGAAAAACAAA